CAGGGUGGGCGGGGCGCGUAACGCAGCUUCCGCGCACGCGCGGCGAGGCCUGUCUGACCGACCUUCAGCAGGGCCGGCGCCACCAUGUUCUCUCGGGCGGGCGUCGCUGGCCUCUCGGCCUGGACUGUGCAGCCACAAUGGAUCCAAGUUCGAAACAUGGCAACUUUGAAAGACAUUACCAGGCGACUAAAAUCAAUCAAAAACAUCCAGAAGAUUACCAAGUCUAUGAAAAUGGUAGCAGCAGCGAAAUAUGCCCGAGCUGAGAGGGAGCUGAAACCAGCCCGAGUGUAUGGAGUGGGGUCCUUGGCUCUUUAUGAAAAGGCUGAUAUUAAGACUCCUGAAGACAAGAAGAAGCACCUCAUUAUCGGUGUGUCCUCAGACCGAGGGCUCUGUGGUGCUAUUCACUCCUCGGUUGCUAAACAGAUAAAAAGUGAGGCGGCCAACCUUGCAGCAGCUGGGAAAGAAGUUAAGAUUAUUGGAGUUGGUGAUAAAAUCAGGAGUAUACUUCACAGGACUCAUUCUGACCAGUUUCUGGUGACAUUCAAAGAAGUGGGGAGGAGACCCCCUACCUUUGCGGAUGCAUCGGUCAUUGCCCUUGAGCUGUUAAAUUCUGGAUAUGAGUUUGAUGAAGGGUCUAUCAUCUUUAACCGAUUCAGGUCUGUCAUCUCCUACAAGACAGAAGAAAAGCCCAUCUUUUCCCUUGACACCAUUUCAAGUGCUGAGAGCAUGAGUAUCUACGAUGACAUUGAUGCUGAUGUGUUGCGGAAUUACCAGGAAUACAGCCUGGCCAACAUCAUCUACUACUCCCUGAAGGAGUCCACCACCAGUGAGCAGAGCGCCAGGAUGACGGCCAUGGACAACGCCAGCAAGAACGCGUCCGAAAUGAUUGACAAAUUGACUUUGACAUUCAAUCGCACCCGCCAAGCUGUCAUCACCAAGGAGCUGAUAGAAAUCAUCUCUGGUGCUGCGGCUCUGGACUAAUGAAAAUCAAGUUUCAUCCUCAGACAAGAGGUAAAGAAGAAUUCAGCAAGCUGAUUUUGUUUUUAGCUUACUGCUGUCCUUGUCAGAAGAAUUUGUUGGUCCAUUGUUCAGAUUACUAAAGACAGCAAGAUAUUUGUAAAUUAUCUUACAAUAAAUGACUCAACAUAAAA